UGCUAAAAUUGUGCGAUCAUUGAACGAGCUAAGGCCUUUUUCUCCGGCACACAGAAACGCUUGAGCAAACGCUCAGCCGCCUCAAUUCUUCUGUACUACUAUCUUCUAUGCCGUCACUUUGGAUCUUCCAUUAGAUGCGAUUGAGUCCCACUCUCCAAUCACCUCCACAAACAUGUCCGUGAUCCUACCAAUCACAUUCCUCCGUGAAAUGAACUUCCGAAACCGAGAUCGUUAAGUGUUCAAUCUAUUUCUUACUCCUAACUGCUCACUUUUUUGACGGAAUCUUUCCUCCCAAUUUGUCCAAAUUACGACAAACUUGCGGCUUUUUUAACCGAAGCAAAACAUCAAAUAAAAUCGAAACCGUCCAUAAUUUCCCAAAUCACCUACUAUCAACGGCUGAGGUUUCCUCAAACAUUAAUAAUUUUUUUCAACUUAUCGCCCACCGUAAUUGGAAAAAUUAGAAGCGAGGAAUAGUUGGCCAAAAAAAACAGUGAGGAAUUAUUUGGUUAAAAAAAAAAUAGAAAUCAGCAGGCGUGAGGGAGGGAAGGAAAACGACAGAGGAGCCAGGGGCUAAGAGAGAUCUCUGGCUUUCCCUUUCUUCCUGUUUUUUUCUUUUUUUUGUUGUUUUAAAUUGACUAGAAAAAGGUUUUUUUUUUUUUUUUUUUGCUUGGGGUCUCUGCUUCUCUUUCUUUUUGAAUCUCCGAAUGGGUUUGUGGGAAGCUUUUCUCAAUUGGCUUCGUAGCCUGUUUUUCAAGCAGGAAAUGGAGCUGUCUUUGAUAGGACUCCAGAAUGCUGGAAAAACAUCAUUAGUAAAUGUUGUUGCUACCGGUGGAUAUAGUGAAGAUAUGAUCCCCACGGUUGGAUUCAACAUGAGGAAAGUGACAAAAGGAAAUGUUACAAUAAAGUUAUGGGAUCUUGGAGGUCAACCUAGGUUUCGCAGUAUGUGGGAACGAUACUGCCGUGCGGUUUCUGCAAUUGUUUAUGUGGUGGAUGCUGCUGAUCCUGAUAACCUGAGCAUCUCAAGAAGUGAGCUUCAUGAUUUGCUGAGCAAACCCUCACUUAAUGGCAUCCCUCUUCUGGUGCUAGGAAACAAGAUUGACAAGCCAGGAGCUCUGUCAAAACAGGCUUUGACUGAAGAAAUGGGACUCAAGUCAAUUACUGACAGAGAAGUUUGCUGCUUCAUGAUAUCAUGCAAGAACUCAACCAACAUUGACUUAGUUAUUGAUUGGCUUGUAAAGCAUUCCAAAUCAAAGAGCUGAAGAAAGCCUUUUCUUAUUUGCUGAAUCUUUGUUUUAUAAUUCAAGUUUCAGAAGGAACAAUUUUUUUUUUUUUUUGCUCUAACUUUUAUUUUCUGGUUGUUUAAUAUUAUUUUCCCAUCAUGUACAUCACAGUUUUAAUUGAAGUAUGAUUAAUAUUUCUCUUGGCAUGCUCUUAUCAAAUGUUCAUACAAGGAUAUGUAUGUUCAUGUCAAUGCUUUGGGUGUUGAUGAUUGUUUUCUUUGUUCAAGGGAUUUACUUA